CAACGAGUCCCAAGGAUGGACAGCUUUUCGGACAACUCCUCGAGGUACGAACUCGACUCCGUGACAUCGACGGAUUCGCUGCAUUUAAUAACUGACGAAUUUCGACUAAGACACGUCUCCACCCCAGAUGUGUCGACUGCGGAAUUAUUAAAGCGCCUGUCGGCGCUCGAAGUUGAAAACGAGAGGCUAAGAGUAGACUUGGAAAAUUCUCAGGUCGAAUUGAACGGAAGAGUCGUGGGGAACCAGUCGCUGAAGGACAAGAUCACCGAGCUGUACAUCGAAGCCCAGGCUUCGCUUCAGGAGAGGCUUGCGCUCGACAAUGAGCUAAAGAAUGCCAAGAGGCAGGUGCUGGCUGCUGAGAAUUUAAGGCAGUGGUAUCAGGUACAGAUCCAUGAGCUGCAGGCUAGCAAAAGGGGCCUCCAGGUCGAAGUCGAUACUUAUCAACGACUGGUAAAGGAGAAGCACGAAGUAGCCUUGGCACUGACUGCCAGGUGCAAGCAAGCCAAUGACGAAUACAUCGAGUUGAGUAAAAAGUUGAGAAAAGAGCGCCAGGAAUUGAAGGAAGAAAUAGAACAGCUCAGAGCAAAAAUUACUCUAGGUCAGACGGUGGCGACGCCGCUCAAUGACUUCCAGACUCGCCUGUCGCCCGAUUUGUCAACCAAAUUGGAAUCAACUGAGGACGAGCUGAGGGAUACGAGAGUUGAGCUUAAAGCAAUGGAGCAACGCCUUCUCAGCGUCGAGGUUCAGAAAAACUCAUUGGAAUCUGCACUAACCAAGUACAGAGAGUUGAUCUCUGGUAUGGGAAUAAACAUGGAGAAGUGCGAGAUGGAAAAAAAUGAGGCCAAAAGCCGACUCAACGCUGUGCAGAUUGAACUCAAUAAAGUCAAGUCUGAAAAGGAUGUCCUUGAGUCGACGCUCCUUAAUUCCAAACAGGAACAUGGCCAAGUUGAACAGGCGAUAGUCCAAUUGAAAUCUCAACUUAACAAAAUGAUUGCUCAACACAAACUGAUUAAAAAAAGAAAUAUCGAGUUGGAGUCUAAGGCCGCUGUGAUUCAGGAAAUUAAAAAUGAGAAUAAGACCUUAAGGUCUCGCUCAUUCGCUGCAAAUAGUGCUCUGUUCAAGAAGCUAAGAGAUGCCAAACGGAAGAUCAGAUAUUUGGAAGAACAAGUUAACAGAGAAGAUAGUAGGAAGCAAUUGUUUCAAGCGAGGAUUGAAACAGACACUUCUUUACAGGAAUGUCUCAAGCGAGCUCUUGAGAGAAAUAAGGAGCUGAACGAACGACUGAAAUUAAUUUCAAUGGCGAAUACGUUGGAAGAAAGUAUAGACGAGGGAUAUGGAGACGGAUUUUCUCAAAAUAUAGCUACGGAAAUUCCUUCCCCAGUUCCUUUGGAUGCACGAUUAAUGCAUAGUGUAACACGGGUUUUGGCUAGUGGUAAAAAUUUACUGGGUCCCGUACAGGCGGGACUGGAAGAACUGCAUAAAAAGCUUGAAGCCCUUGACGUAGGGCAGCGUGCUCGACUGUUAAACUCUGGGCAAAUGUCCGUAGAUUCCCCUAUGAACAGUGCUAGGUCAGUAGCGUGAUGUAAAUAUAAAAAGAAAGUAAAGAAAUCAUGUGAGAUUAAUAUAUUAAAUGAUAUAUUUACCAAACACAGAUAUUCAUUUAUGAU